AGAAACAAUUAUAUUUCAACAAAGAAAUACUCUUAUUUAUUACAUUAGACUUUCCUAUUGGAUAAGCUUCUUGAAUAAUAGCGCGAUAAGAGAUAAUUAACUCGUGUAUCGAAAAAGAAAUGCGAAUAUAAGCAACCGAUAUUUUGUUUAGAACACCCUAAAAUAAAGCAGUCAAAAAAGUAAAAUCAUCCCUUGAUGAGAGUAUUUGUCGAAGAAUGAAAUAUGAUCACAAUGAAGUAAAGGAGAGCAUGUCUGUGAAAUGAAGAAUUCAUCAUCGGAACUAGAAAAGACCAAGUCGACUUUUAAUUCAUGGAACGAUGCGCGUAUUUUAACGCACGUCGCUUCAAAUAGAACACCUGAUUUCGCUCAUCUAAAGAUAUUUGAUCCGCAUGUAAUGCCGAGGCAAUCCUCCAAUCGUAAUUCGUCGAAUGUCAAAAACGAGAAUAAUUAUUACAAUACCGCUGAUAGACCGCCAGAUUACCUGAAAACUAACAAUACUAUCAACACUGUGCACCUGCAGAAUCCUUACAAACCGCCCCAACGAUUGGAGGGAUUUCCGGCUCGUGAUCAUUCCAAGAAUAUGUACCGAUCGCAAGAUUUCACCCUAAGAUCGAGGUAUCACAACAACUUACUCGCGAAGAAUCUUACUAAAGAAUCAAUUCCAAAUAGGAGCAAUGAUCAGGAAAACGAAAAAGUCGAAAGAUUGUUGAAGAAAAAGAAGCCUCAACUAUUCACCGAACUCGGUGAACUUACUAAGCAAUAUUGCACGAACAGCACUCUUCACGGUUUGCGUUACAUUGGUAACUCGGAAUUGUCAAUCAUAGAAAGACUAUUUUGGAUAAUCUCGUUCAUCACUGCGUUGGGAAUGGCUACAUAUUAUAUCUAUUAUCUCUAUCAAAAGUGGAACGGAUCGCCCAUCAUUAUUUCUUUGAGUCCCGAGCCGGUUUCUCUUAAUGAAUUCCCUUUUCCUUCCAUAACAAUCUGCAAUAUGAACAAUGUCAAAAAAACUGAAGCAAUACGGAUCGCGCGCGGGUCUGACGAUUUGGAUAAAAUAUUGAUGGACGAUUUUUGCCAUUCGGAAUCAAGCAACAUAACUUAUGAUCAGAAUGAGGCUAUAGACUGGAACAAGAAGCUGGGGUUUAUGAUCAAUGUAUCUCAGCCAUGCACGGACAUGUUGUACUAUUGCCUUUGGCACGGGAAUCAGACCGAUUGCGAGAAGAUUUUUAAUCCUACGAUGACCGAUGAGGGUAUUUGUUGCAAUUUCAACUCGGUGACCAGGCAACAUCUCUUUUAUAAUCCACACGACUGGCCCGAUUUGAAUAUAACAUAUCCAUCCAGCAGCGUCGAUUGGAAUGCUGAAAAGGGAUAUGACGCGAGUAUGCCAGCGGAUGUUAUACCGUGGAGGCCAUAUGGUUCUGGACUGUUUUACGGUUUGACUUUAGUCCUUGACGUGGAAGCAAGUGAAUAUUAUUGUUCGUCAACCGCUGGUAUGGGCUUUAAGAUGCUGCUACAUAAUCCCGUGGAGACGCCGAAAAUCGCCGAUUUCUCAUUCUCGAUCACGCCAGGUGAGGAGACCCGAGUGAUUAUAAGACCACGAAUAUCGACUGCCAAUCCGUCGAUAAUCUCUAUUCCGCAAAAUAAGCGGAAGUGCUUCUUUACGACCGAACGAAAAUUACGUUACUAUCGAACAUACACGCAGAGGAAUUGCAUUCUGGAGUGCGAGGCGAAUUAUACGCAGAAACUCUGCCAUUGCGUGCAGUAUUACAUGCCAAUGUUGUUUACAGAAGCAGCGAAAACACCGAUCUGCGGUAAGAAAGAUGAAUCGUGUGCUACACUAGCCAGAAAAAAAAUGGAAAUUAAGCUCUAUGUCGAGGAUCUGAAUCCGAUAAACCUUACGGAAGUACCGAGCUGCAACUGCUGGCCUGGCUGCUUUGAGAUCAAUUAUAGAAUAGAGCUUUCGCAGAAUAAAUUAUCGUCGACCUUCAACAUCGAUAAACAAUACGUGAAGAAAAAUUUAAAUUAUUUCACGGAAAAUGCGGCGGUAGUUCACCUGUUCUUCGUAGACUCUCAAUUCACGAAAUACGUAAAAAAUGAGCUCUACGGAUUCACCGAAUUUCUGUCAAGUACGGGCGGCUUGCUCGGUCUCUUUUUGGGCUUCAGUUUUCUGUCAUUCAUGGAGAUUGUGUACUUUGCAACCAUGCGACUGUGGUGUCGUUUACACAAUCGUCGGGAGUCGCAGAGACCUAUCACGCUCCAGAUACACCCGUUAGAUGAUAGGAGGAAAGUGAUUUAUCCGUUCGCGAACUGAAGUACGUUUUUUCCGAUGCAAAUGCGAUGUAAAUAAUGAUUUGACGUAUUAUGAAGAGUAUUAUAUAUCAAAAACUGCAU